AUGUCAGCUUCCAAGCAGUUUCACAAUGAGGUCUUGAAGGCCCAUAAUGAGUACCGGCAGCAGCACGGCGUCCCCCCGCUGAAGCUCUGUAAGAAGCUCAACCAGGAGGCCCAGCAGUAUUCUGAGGCCCUGGCCAGCACGAGAAUCCUCAAGCACAGCCCGGAGUCCAGUCGUGGCCAGUGUGGGGAGAACCUGGCAUGGGCAUCCUACGAUCAGACAGGAAAGGAGGUGGCUGAUAGAUGGUACAGUGAAAUCAAAAACUACAACUUCCAGCAGCCGGGCUUCACGUCGGGGACUGGACACUUCACAGCCAUGGUGUGGAAGAAUACAAAGAAGAUGGGAGUGGGGAAGGCCUCUGCAAGUGACGGGUCCUCCUUUGUGGUGGCCAGAUACUUCCCAGCAGGGAAUGUUGUCAACCAGGGCUUCUUUGAAGAAAAUGUCCUGCCUCCAAAGAAGUAACUUGUCUAAUGUAAUGGGAAGGGGGCACACUUAAGGACGUGGAUGUGAAGUGCCCAGAACAACCAAAGUCCGGCCACAUGCUUGUCCCUAUGGGUGUAUGUGCCUGUGUGUGUCAGACGUGUGAGCAUUUCUGGUACUCACACUCGGACAUACAGUUCUGCUCAUUCUUAUUUUCAAAAUGAGCAUCUGAAGCAUUUAUCCUGAUAGUUACCUAGACCACAAUUAUUUGGAUUCGGGGGGAGAUCGGUUUUUUAAAAUUUUUUUGUUAUUUUUAAGCAGACUUCUUUUGUACCUUUCUUUAUUCUAAUAUCCAUCCCUGGACUUUUUGUAUUCCUUAUAUUUGUGAUGCUGAGAAGUGAAAUUCGUUUUAUGUGAUCUUCA